AUGUUGCAUGAGGAAAAUNUUUGGUGUUGUGAUUCAGGUACAGUAUAUCCUUUGAAUGGUGAGGUUUAUCUGGGUCGUCAGCCUGGAGCAACAGUAGUAGCUAAAGAUGCAAAUCGAAUUCGUAAUUUAGUAAAACGAUUGGUACAUCCUUGGAUCAAUACAGGACGAACCAUUACUACAGAUAACUAUUUUACCAGUACAGAGUUGGCAGAGGAUCUUCUAGAGCUGCAACCGAAUGCUCAACGUCCUGAACAAUCAUCGAUAUUUUGUUUUGAUCGACAGUUAACAUUAGUUAGUUAUGUGCGGAAAAAAUCUCAUGCUGUAAUUCUGCUGUCAUCUCUUCAUCAUGAUCAGACAAUUGUAGACGAUGAAAAGAAAAAGCCAGAAAUGAUUUUAUAUUACAAUGACACAAAAGGUGGUGUCGAUCAUAUGGAUCAAAUGGUUCAAACUUAUUCUUGUAAACGAAAGUCAAAACGGUGGCCAAUGACGUUCUUUUUCAACGUACUUGACAUUGGUGCUCUUGCUGCUUUUCUGGUAUGGACAACCAAAAAUCCUCAAUGGAAUGAAAAGAAAAACUACCGUCGCCGUCUAUUUCUAAUGGAAUUAGGUUAUGAUCUUGUUCGAUCACAUUUAGACCGACGACGACAGCAACCACAUGCACUUCAACAUAAUGUUCGAAUAGCCAUACAAGCACUUGGACUCACUGUUACUACUUCACAUCCAACUAUUGUUUCAACGUCUAAUGGCAAGCAACGUUGUCAUCUUUGUCCAAAAGAACGUACUCGAAAGGCUCCAAUUCUUGUUUACCGAAAUGAACUUCGAACAGAACUGAACAACCGAGCUGUUAUCAAAAAAGCCUAUGAGAUGGGUCGAGUACCAACCGUUGUGAUUGCUACCGAUACCAUAAAAGCCAGGAAGCAUGUCGAUUUGCCCGACCUGAAAAAAUGUCUUCUUGCUCUCCCCGAAC